UGGCUUCCCAAACAGAACCCGUUAGAAGUUCAUCUCAAUAUAACGGCGAUAAUAAACAAAAUGGUAUUAUCCAGGCCUUACUCACAGAUUUAUAUCAAAUAACAAUGGCUUAUUCUUAUUGGAAGAGUGGUAAACAAUUUGAUACAGCUGUUUUUGAUCUGUAUUUCCGUAAAAAUCCUUUCCAUGGAGAAUUUACAGUAUUUGCUGGUUUAGAGGAAUGUAUCAAGUUUGUCCAAAAUUUUAAAUUCUCAGAUAGUGAUAUUGAAUAUCUAAGAUCUGUUUUAUCACCAUCAAUAGAGGAAGAAUUUUUUGUUUAUUUGAAGAAUUUAACUACAGAUGAAUUAACUGUUUAUGCUAUAGAUGAAGGAGAGAUAGUAUUUCCUAAAGUACCAUUAAUAAUGAUAGAAGGGCCUCUACCAGUUGUGCAACUUAUAGAAACUCCAUUAUUAAAUUUAGUUAAUUAUGCUAGUUUAGUGGCUACUAAUGCUAUGAGGUUCCGUAUAGCAGCCAAUCCUAACACAACAUUAUUAGAAUUUGGUUUACGACGAGCCCAGGGUCCUGAUGGUGGUUUAUCUGCAUCAAGAUAUUGUUAUAUGGGAGGAUUUGAUGGAAGUAGUAAUGUUCUUGCUGGCAAGAUGUUUGGUAUUCCAGUGCGUGGAACUCAUGCACAUGCUUUUAUUACAUCAUAUGUCUCAUUAGAAGAUAUAUCUAUAAGGACUCUAACUAAGAAGAAUAGUACCGAGAAAGUAGAUUUUGUAGAUAUUUGUUUAAAAUGGCAAUCAAAGCUGACAUCUGUGAUAGAUUUUUUAGCUGACCAAGUUCAACCUGGUGAAUUAGCAGCAUUUAUAUCUUAUGCUCAAGCUUUUCCUGAUAAUCUUGUUGCUCUUAUAGAUACAUAUGAUGUCAUACGGAGUGGUUUACCUAACUUUUGUACUGUUGCUAUGGCAUUAAAUGAAUGUGGCUAUACACCAAAGGGUAUUAGAUUAGAUAGUGGAGACUUGGCUUACCAGUCUCUUCAUGUUCGUCGUAUUUAUACAAAAGUUGCUAAGGCAUUUGAUGUAGAAUGGUUUAAAGAUUUGAUUAUUGUGGCUAGUAAUGAUAUAAAUGAAGAUACCAUACAUUCCUUAAAUCAACAGGGACAUGAAAUCAAUAGUUUUGGAAUUGGAACCCAUUUAGUAACAUGUCAGAAACAACCAGCUUUAGGCUGUGUAUUUAAGUUAGUAGAAAUCAACAAGAAGGCUCGUAUUAAAUUAAGUGAAGAUAUGGAGAAAGUUACCAUACCAGGACGUAAAGUAGCCUACAGAUUAUAUGGUUGUGAUGGUAAUGCUCUGGUAGAUUUAAUAAAUCAACAAGAUGAACCACCACCAUCACCAAGGGAGAGAACUCUAUGCAGGCAUCCAUUCCAAGAAUCAAAGAGGGCUUAUGUCAGUCCAGCAUCUGUUCAAGUUCUACAUAAAGUUUACUGGAAAAAUGGCAAGAUUCAACAACAUUUACCCACAUUAAAAGAACUACGAGAUAAAGCCAUGAAAUCACUACAAACAAUACGACAGGACCACAAACGAGCCCUCAAUCCAACUCCUUAUAAGGUGUCAGUAAGUUCCAGUCUGUAUACGUUUAUACAUCAGCUAUGGUUAGACAGUGCACCUAUAGGAGAGCUUUCUUAAUUUAUAUACAGGAGCUAAACCUCUCUUCAUUAAGGUCAAAAUAAAGUGCUGCAUUGGUUUGAUUUGAUGUGUCAAUUAAUAUUAAGACAAUUUGUUUACUAAUUUUAGUUUGGUUUUGGCUUCAAACUGUGUUGAACACAAAUUCAUUUAUUUGAACAUUGGCUUGAUAUGUGGACAUAAAAUUCUAACUGCAGAUAGACGCCCCACCCCCUCCACAAUAUAAACAACACAUCAAACCUUACUAAACCAACACUUUAUUUUUUUACACAAAAUCAAAAGGGUUUAGUAGUUAUUUUAAAAAUCUCAAUUUGUAUACCCUAAUGUAAAUUGAAAUAAAAUAAGAAACUAAAAUCAAAUCAAAUUUUAUAAGACUGAAUAUGUUUGCUUUUAACUCACGUGCUUGACACUGCCAUUCACAAUAGUUUUAACCAGCAGUUUUGGUGUAUUGAUAUGUUAUGUAGAAAAUUUAAGAGAAUUUGUAUAGUCUGCAAUUGAUAUUGAUGUAGUAUUUUCAGUCCAUGAGUCAUUUGUAUAAGGCUUCAAGCAGAACAUAAUGAAAAAGAACCAACCUUUGGCCAAAGAAAUGGACCAAAUACCCAAUAACUUGUAAUUGAAACACAUUUGUCAGCUAAUGCCAAAUAUCAGUGGGUACAUUUAAAAUUAGUAUCAGUCAGGGGUAUAAUUGACAAAAAAAUCAGGUUAAAGCUUACAAUUUUAAGUAAAAUAAUAGAAAUAAUUAUGAUAAAGGUCUAAUAUUACUGUGAAUUUUGAUAGUGUAUUUUAUGAAAAGUUGGCAUCUUACUAUGAAAUCCAUUAACUUUUCACAUACCAUACCUCAAAAUGAUCUUUUCUUGUAUGUUUUUAGUCUCACAUACUCAAGGACAUUUUUGCUAUACUAUGUUUUUGUAUAGCCUAGCAGUCAAUCCUCCACAAAUAAUGUUAGUCAUUUAGUACCAGUAGUAUAAGUGGUCCAUGAUAUUAAUUAGAUUCCAUGAUAAAUGCCAAAUGUUGGAAAAACUAAUUAUUAGUUAGCUAUAUGGCAAUGUACACAUGAAUCAGUUUGUUAACAAAAAAUGUUCAUCAAUAAUGAGACGAGAAUUCCAGAUUCAUAUAUUAUUCUCUGUAUCUAUAAUCUCAAUCUGAUUAAAGUACAUAUAAAUUAUCAAGAAAUAUCUUUUUGCAAUAAAUUAAGUGUCAUAAAUACAGUCCCUCGUUUCUUUCAUUUUACAUGUAGCUCGGAGCUUUUAAUCAAGUUGACUAAGUUACAUUUGACUGAAAAAAUUGACUCUUGUGUGUUCUUUAUAGUUAGAAGGGGGGUUGGAUGGCCGAAUGGUUAGCACGUGCGUGCUGUAUCAUAAGACCUGUCAUUGAGUCAACCGGCGUGGUUUCGAAUCCCUGGUUGUACGUGACAAGGAGUAGGGUCGCCUGUCCAGCCUCGUGGGUUUUCUCUGGGUUCUCCGGUUUCCUCCCACUGCUAAAGACCCCUACGCGCAAGCGAAUUAUUGAAAUAAAAUUAAAACCAUAUGUUAGUCCCGAAAUGACCUAGUUUGUGUCGAGUGGACGUUAAACCCCAUUUCUCUCUCUCUUAUAGUUAGAAGUAAAUAUUUCUGAUUUGUACAAAACAUUAAAGAGAUGAUCUGUUUAUUUCUUUAAUAAGAGGGAUAACCUUCUGCAUUAAAAUACCAUAAGCAGACAGUUUACUUCCUACAAUAUUCUUUUUGCCUGUCUAUUGUUUCAACUUCCUGUAAUGCUUCCGCAGAUAAAUUUCUGGGACUUUUGGGACUCUCUUUUUUUUUGUGUUAUUGCCCCUGCAGUCGAACCAUUUUAAUAGCUUUAUAAGAUGGUGUUUUAAAUAAUUGUUAUCAAACUUGCUGGAAUUGUUAACUGGGCAUAAUGAUGAACCUGAUCAAAAGCCAUAGCUCCACAUCAUUUAUCUGUGAAGUUAUUUAAUUUAUGUACUGGUCAGUGUUUUCAGAAUUUUUGUAAUUUUAAUCUUGCUUGGAUUGUUUGACUAGUGACUAUACUUUAAAUCUGAAACCUAAAAUUUUACAUCCAGUCUGCUUAUGGUUCUUCGAAAUGUAUUAGAUAUGUUUCAGUAAUCAACAGUUUGAAUAAGAUAUCAAACUGGAGUUUUAAAAAUACAAAUAUCCACACAAACUUUACAGAAAUGAAAAUCCAGUUUUAGAGAAGGAAUAUUCUCACUAAUCAAAAGGUUGUUUUUUUACAAAUCACAGAUGUUCGCUAUUAUUAGUAAUAUUAUUUACUGCCUAAUAAUUAAUAUAUAUAUGUAUGUUAUAUUCACUGUUCACAAUUAUAUAGAAAUAUUUAUAAUAAGUAAAUAUAUAUUUAAUGUAUUUUAUCAUAUUUAUUAUUAUAUUAUAUCCAUGUAUAUACAUUAAAGUCUCCACGAAAUUGGUGUAUGCUGAUCAUCAUGAUCUACAAAGAACUCCAUAUUUUGGAUUGGUCUCUUUCUGGCUGUGUGGAACAUAAACACUAAUUAUCUGUUUGCAUACCAGAUGUUUAGGGGGUGAUUGCAUUGGUAUAUCAAAGUAAUGCUUAUGAUGCAUGUUCAGUUUAUAACCACUUAUGUUGUCUGUAUCACUUUGAAGAAAUUAUCAAUAUACAUGAUGUAUCAAUGUAUUGUUAAUAACAGCCCUAAAAUACAUGAUGUAUCAUAACAGCCAUUAAAUACAUAAUAUAUCAUAACAGUCCUAAAAUACACAAUGUAUUGUUUAACAACAGCACUAAAAUACAUAACAUGUUUCGUAAUGGCCCUAAAAUACACGAUGUUUCAGUGUAUCAUUUUAUUGUAACAGCCCUAAAGUGCACGGUGUAUGGCUGUAUCAUAUAUUAUAAUAGCCCUAAUACCUCCAAUCGGUUUCAGUUGAAAUUAUCAGUACAUGUAUAUAUAUAUUUUAGUACAUUCAUGGUUGAAUCUCCAUUUGAACUUUGAUCUGACAAAUUAACCGGUACAUGUAUUUGUUACACAUAGUUCAUCUGUAUAAAACCUGUCACAGACAGUUAUUAUUUCUGUUGCGAAGUUAAAAGAAUUAAAUCCGCAAUUUUAUAUUCAGUAACCUGUCAUAUAGUAAAUUAGACGACAUAAAUAUGUAUCUAUAUACGUUGAAGCCACAAGAUAAGGUUUGGCAAGCCAAUAUUUUUUUUUUUAAUUCAUUUACACACAAGUACAUGUACUUCAAAAAAUAAAUUGAACGACAAUAUAUUAUAUUUUGUCUGGUAAAAAAGCUAUCAACACAAAAAAUAAAUCAUGACCGUCAUUUGCCCCUCAAAUAAAAUAGCUGAAAAUUUCAUUAGCAUAUGCAAAGAGCAUUACUGGAUUAGAAAUAUUUGUCACCAAUAAACCUUGCAUGAAAUUAUCAUCAUGGAAUUGUAACUGUCAGAGGCAGGCUUUAGAUCAAUCAGGGUUAUUUUUUUAAAACAAAUAAUAUUUUGUCCACAAUGACUUUUAGUCUUUUGUAUUGUAAUUGCUCAAGGGGACUUGUCUCACAAACUUUUUAAUAAUUUAAUGUUGUUAAAAGGGAUUUGAGGUUUUGUGGACAAAGGGUCCAGUUCUUUUUAUAUAAUAUUUUAGAAAUUGUGUACACUGUAAGUAUGUUAACACUAUAAUCAAUAUAAUAAUAUAUGCUAAACUAUUUAUUAUACAAUAUAAACUAAAGCAAAUGUCUUAAAAAUUUGAAAAUAAAAUGAUUUUCUAACUGAAUAUUUUAUGGUAAUUGUCAAUCCUGAGGGUGGGAUAAAAUUUCAAAUUCGGGUGGGAGCAUCAUGAAAUUAACAAUAAUAGAUUUAUGACACCCUCCUUUUGAUACUCCCCAGCUCUUAUAUAAUAUAUUCUAGUUUUAGAAAUUAACACAUUAAUCACAUAAUUCAGGAAUACUUUAUAACGUGCAAUUUAUUGUGCCAAAUAAAAUAUACAUACAGCAGAAUAUGUCAUUAAAUUGUAAUUUAAUUGUAUAUGAAUUAGUGCAGAGAAUAUGAUUGAUAAUUUAUUUAUGUGAAUUAUUUCAAUAAAAUCCCAAUAACAUGUAACGAGGUACCGGUAGUUUUCUGGAAUUGUGUAAAUUUCUUUACACUUUAAAUCUAUAGUUUCAAUAAUAUAUGCAUAAUUUUAAUAAGAAUAUUUGUUAUGUACUUUACAACAAUAUUGUGGGAUUUAACUUUUUUUUUUUAAUAUUAUUUUAAUAUAUGCUAAUAAAUGUUUGUAGAUUGUUACAAA